CCCUGUCCUGGUGUCCGCACAUGGAGUUCUAAGGCUGUGGGUGUUAUUUAUGGAGCCUAUUUUGGCUGCAGCGCUGUCCGGGGAGAUGUGGACCCCGGAGCUUGCACUUCUGAGGGGCUUCCCCACUGAGGCCGAGCGGCAGCAAUGGAAGCAGGAGGGGGUCGCUGACUCAGAGAGUGCAUCUUUCCUGCAGUUGCUACUAGAAGGGAGGUUUAAAGCCAUAUUCUUAAAUUCUCUGACUCAAAAUAUUUUUAAUUCAACAAUGAUGGCUGAAGAAAAGAUUGACAGCUACCUGGAGAAGCAGAUAGUGACAUUCCUGGAUUACUCAGCAGAGCUGGACAAAACGGAAAGACAACAGCUGGUGUUCCUACUUGGCUUGAGCAGUUUGCAACUUUUUGUUCAGAGUAACUGGACGGGGCCUCUUGUUGAUUUACACCCUCAGGAUUUUUUGCCAUCUGUUUUAUUCCAGCAAUUCAGUGAGGUCAGGGGACUGGAUGCAGUUGUUCUGAGCCUGCUGGUUCUAGAUGGUGAAUCAAUAUACAGCCUGACCUCAAAGCCUGUACUACUGUUAUUAGCACGCAUUAUCCUGGCGAAUGUGAGACAUAAACUGACAGCUAUUCAGAGCUUACCAUGGUGGACAUUGAGAUAUGUGAAUAUUCACCAGCAAUUGCUUGAGGAACGCUCACCUCAGCUUUAUGCUCUUGCUGAAAACUGUAUUGAUGAAGUGAUGAAACUAGAGAAUCUGUUUAUAGGUGAUUCAGGUCGAUAUUUGGCUAUUCAAUUCCAUCUGGAAUGUGCAUAUAUUUUUUUAUAUUAUUAUGAGUAUCAGAAAGCAAAAGAUCAGUUCAAUAUUGCUAAAGACAUUGGCAAAUUACAAAUUGAUUUGACAGGUGCUUUGGGAAAAAGGACACGAUUCCAGGAAAAUUAUGUGGCACAACUGAUUCUAGAUGUAAGAAGGGAAGGGGAUGUCCUUUCACGUUGUGAAUUCAGUCCAGCUCCCACUCCUCUGAAACAUUUAACCAAAAAUCUUGAGCUCAAUGACGAUACUGUUCUGAAUGAGAUAAAGUUAGCAGAUUGUGAACAGUUUCAGAUACCUGACCUAUGUGCCGAAGAGCUUGCUGUUAUCCUUGGAAUCUGCAUAAAUCUCCAAAAGAACAACCCAGUGCAUAAAUUAACUGAAGAGGAGCUGCUGGCAUUUACAUCAUGUUUGCUUUCACAAGCAAAGUUCUGGGCCAUUCAGACAUCAGCUUUGAUCCUCCGGACAAAACUUGAGAGAGGAAGCACACGCCGAGUGGAACGGGCAAUGAGGCAGACGCAGGCUCUUGCAGACCAAUUUGAAGAUGAAACUACAUCUGUAUUGGAACGUUUGAAGAUUUUCUAUUGUUGUCAAGUACCACCUCACCGGGCCAUUCAGCGUCAACUUGCGAGUUUGCUCUUUGAGUUGGGAUGUACCAGUUCAGCCCUUCAGAUAUUUGAGAAGCUAGAAAUGUGGGAAGAUGUUGUCAUUUGUUAUGAAAGAGCCGGGCAGCAUGAGAAGGCAGAAGAAAUCCUUAGGCAAGAGCUGGAGAAAAAAGAAACACCAAGUUUAUACUGCUUGCUUGGAGAUGUCCUUGGAGACCACGCUUGCUAUGACAAGGCCUGGGAGUUGUCCUGGCACCGCAGUGCCCGUGCUCAGCGCUCCAAAGCCCUCCUUCAUCUUCGGAACAAGGAGUUUCAAGAGUGUGUGGAAUGCUUCGAACGCUCAGUGAAGAUUAAUCCCAUGCAGCUCGGAGUAUGGUUUUCUCUAGGCUGUGCGUAUUUGGCCUUGGAAGACUAUGGAGGUUCAGCAAAGGCGUUUCAGCGUUGUGUGACUCUAGAACCCGACGUAAGUUUGCUGUGGUUUAGCUUGAUAAAAAGUGUUCACUAUUGCUCUCUUUAAAAUUUGACCUUCAAUAGAGUAAAAGCUUUUAGAACUUUACAAGAAGCUCUCAAGUGUAACUAUGAACACUGGCAAAUUUGGGAAAACUAUAUCCUUACCAGCACUGACGUUGGGGAAUUUUCAGAAGCCAUUAAAGCUUAUCACCGGCUCUUGGACUUAAGAGACAAAUACAAAGAUGUUCAGGUCCUUAAAAUUCUGGUCAGGGCGGUGAUUGAUGGGAUGACUGAUAGAAGUGGAGAUGUUGCAACCAGCCUUAAAGGAAAGCUGCAGGAGUUAUUUGGCAGAGUAACUUCAAGAGUGACAAAUGAUGGAGAAAUCUGGAGGCUAUAUGCCCAAGUAUAUGGAAAUGGGCAAAGUGAAAGGGCUGAAGAAAAUGAAAAGGCAUUCCAGUGUCUCUCGAAGGCAUACAAGUGUGACACACAGUCCAGUUGUUGGGAGAAAGACAUUACAUCAUUUAAGGAGAUUGUUCAAAGAGCCUUAGGACUUGCACAUGUGGCUAUAAAAUGCAGUAAAAACAAACCCAGUCCCCAAGAAGCUGUUCAAGUGCUUUCUUCAGUUCGACUCAAUUUACGGGGCUUAUUAUCUAAAGCUAAGCAACUUUUUACAGAUGUGGCCAGUGGAGAAAUUUCCCGGGAGUUAGCUGAUGAAAUAGCAGCUAUGGACACCUUAGUAAUAGAGCUCCAAGACCUAAGCAACCAAUUUCGAAAUCAGUAUUGACCAUGCUGGGAGUAGUUUCUGGAAGAGGUGCUUUCACCUUCUGGGAAAGAUAUACUUGUAUAUCUGAAAUACAAGAGACUGAUUUUUAAAAUAAAUUUCUGUUUUGUGGCU